AUGAGAUCUCGAUUCAAAAUUCUAAAAAAAAUCGAGUUACGCCCCGGUGGCAGAAAACAUGACACAAGACGAAUUCCUACGCCACCAGGAGACUCGACGAAACAAGAAAAAAAGCCCUCACCCCAGCCCGCAAGCCCUCCCCUUGAAACAAUUGCUCCACCAGCGAGCCCUGAGGUGGUUGAGCCAGCGAAUCUGGAGGCUGUACCACUCAGUCUUCCUGAGCAAAUUUGGCGGAGAGCAUACGACGCCCUGAAGAAAGACGAGCCCAGCUGCGUCAAAGAAUACGGUAAAGUUCUCCAAAAGGCUCAGGGGGGAUUGAAAAACUGGGAUAUCCCUAAACAGAUUCAGAAGCUAGCUCAGUCUAAGAGCGAUGAGGUCCGCAAGAUGUGGAUGAUGAUCUAUGCUGGCAUGGAGAGGUCUAAGAAAAUAGCGGGAGCUAAGGGAUCCCUCUCCAGCGUGGUCAAGAUUGUGGAAAAUUUCAAGUCAGUGAUAAAUGCACCCCUCAAGUUUUCGCCAGGGGGAGAGUUGUUGCACGCUUUGCUUGUCUCCGACCCAGAAUGGGAUAAGCAAAGAAUUGAAAAGUAUAAAGGUGGUCUGCUGCCGAACGUAUCCAGCUGA